AUGUAAUAAUUAAUCUCAUAAGAAUAAUAUCAGACUUAUUUAAAGGGCAUUGGACUUCCAAAGGACAUCAAAUUAUCUGUUUCAGUUGAGACCUUAUAUCUCAUAGCUAACAGACAGUUAAUUUAUAAUUUUUAUUAAAAUACUGAGUUACAUUUGAAAGAAUUGAAACCAAUUUCACUUGAAUUUGUUGAUAUCCUGUAAAGAUUAUGUGUUCAAAAGAGAGGUGGUCUUUGUUAUGAGCAUGAACUUUUACUUUAUUAUGUUUUAAAAUAUUUAGGAUUUCAUGUGGAAUUGAUUAGAUGUUAAGUCAGAGAGCCAAAUAGCCCAUACAAUCCAGACCUUCCUAGUACACAUGCAUUUUUGAAUGUUCGAAUAGGAGAUGAAACAUAUUUAGUGGAUCCAGGAUUUGGAACAAGAUCAUAUAGAUUCCCCAUAAAAGUAAACUUUUAAGACUUGACCCAAACUCAUGAAUUAUUUGCUUAAGAACACUAUAGAAUUUAAGAAAAUGAGACACAUUAUUAAUUUUAACAUCAUAUUGAUGAAAAUUGGGUUACCUAUUAUGAUUUUGAGAAGCCAUUGAAAUAUGCAUCUGUAGAGGAUAUUCAUAAUGAUUAUUUGAAUUUAUUUACCUGUAAAUAGUUUUUAGGAGUCAGAGAUAGUAGAUUUGUGAUUUGUAGAAAUACAGAAUAUGGAAGAGAUUAAUAUUUAUGGUUUAGAUUGGAAAAAGAGUUUACUGCAUUUAAGAAAGUUUUGAAAUUUAAUGAAGUAAGUAAAAUUGAAUUUAAAUCUUAUGAUGAACUAAAAGAGGAUGUUAAGAAAGAAGUAGGAUUUGAGUUGCCAGACUAUGAAUUGCUUAAAUGA